GAUGGGGAGAGGGAAGAUUGUGAUCCGAAGGAUCGAUGAUUCGACGAGCAGGCAAGUCACUUUUUCAAAGAGAAGAAAGGGUUUGAUUAAGAAGGCCAAGGAGCUCUCCAUACUGUGUGAUGCUCAAGUUGGCCUUCUCAUCUUCUCCAGCACUGGAAAGCUCUAUGAAUUUGCAAGUUCCAGCAUGAAAUCAGUUAUUGAAAGAUACAACAGCUUGAAAGAGGAACACCAACAGUUGUUGAAUCCAUCAUCAGAAGUUAAGUUUUGGCAAAGAGAGGCUGCAAUCUUGAGACAACAAGUGCUGAAUUUGCAAGAAAAUCAUCGGCAGCUCAGGGGUGAACAGCUUUAUGGUCUGAGAGUUGAAGAUCUGCAGAAUCUAGAGAACAAACUGGAGAUGAGUUUGAAGGGUGUUCGCAUGAAGAAGGAACAGAUAUUAACUGAUGAAAUACAAGAGCUAAGCCGAAGGGGGAACCUCAUUCAUCAGGAGAAUGUGGAGCUCUACAAGAAGGUUUAUGCAAAUGGCCUGAAUUCAUAUGGUUUCGGGUGUGGAGAGGGUUCAAAUGUCCCGGUCCAUCUUCAACUGAGUCCACCCGAGAGAGAUAAUGAUUAAAGGUCACUUCAUCUCCAAGCAAACUCCAAGUCUGCAAGAAAAUUAUUCCAGGAGAGAUGAAUCUGACAUUGUUCGUGGCGUU